AUGUCAGAUGGACAGACCAUUUCUUUUCGGCUAAUACGGCAUUUGAGGGUUUUUCCGUUGAGCAAUGCCGAAAAAUCUGAUCGACUAAAGACAUCUUUCGCUGAAACCUUAACACGAUUCUACCCACUUGCAGGAAGACUUAUAAACAACAUUGCCAUAGAUUGCAAUGACGAGGGUAUCAUGUAUUUGGAAGCCUGGGCCAAGUGUCAACUCUCCCAAGUUAUCCAAAACCCAAACCCUGGUGAAUUCAACAAAUUUUUGCCUCGAGAAGUUGAUGAUGUUGAUGAUACACUAUUGGCUAUCCAGGUCAACUUUUUUAACUGCGGUGGAAUGGCCGUGGGGUUUGAAUCGGCUAAGCUCUUCCCACCUAGGAACCUAUUUGGGUAUGAAACAAGCAUCGGGAUACCAAAGGACAAGCUUGUGAUGAAGAGAUUUGUGUUAAAUCACUCUAUGGUAGCUGCUCUCAGAUAUAAAUACACUACCCGCCCAUCGAUGAAGACUGUUCAAUACGUCCAACACGCAUUGAGGCAUUAUCAGCUUUCAUAUGGAACAGAUUUGUAG